UUUCAUUUGUCCUUGCACUGGUCCUGUGCUUCUGCGCAUUUGGCUAUUCAACUCCCGUAGUGAAGAAAUGUGAGAAGAUGGACAAUGGUGCCCUGGUGGAGGAGGACUGUGAGGAUGGGACAGGUGUGUCGUCAGUAGCUGGGGAGGCCGACAACGUCUUCGUCGGUGUUGACGUAAAGGGCCGCCGUGUGUUUAAGGUGGCGGGUAACGAAACCUGCUUCAUUGUCUCAGAUCCAGCCCCGCUGCCAGCCGAUGUGACAGAGGCCACAAUGGACCAAACAAAGACUCCGGUACUGGUGACUGACCAAGCUGUGUUGGACAGUGUGAGAGAAUGGUGCACAGGCGACGUCUAUGUCCUCGUGGCUGACGACACUGCUGUCACUGGAGACAGACACAAGCGAGCCAUCUGCUACAGAGUAGUGUGCAGAUACUACAUCUACUACGGGCGUCUGUAUCGUCACUGCAGAAUUUAUCUGUUCAGAUGUUAGAACACACGGACACAACGUGUAUCCUGAAAACAUCAACAUACAAAAUGUAUUUUCAAAACAUUGAGUAACUGAAAAAUCCUCACACGA